UAAGUAAACACGUAAAAAUGUACCCGGUCAUUAACCUGCAUCAGGUCGACUGCCAUGUGUGCAGAUCCAAUCUGCGAGAAUGUGUUCAUUGGGGUGUCCCUCUGACUCCUGCUGAGACAGCACCAGAACAAAUCACUGGACCUCAGCCCCCCAUCUUCAUCAACAGUGAGGGAGAGGAUGAAGGUCACCUACCUCCCUCACCUUUCCCAGAAAGCCCCCAGCAUCAGAGUGAAGUCCUGAUAGAGGAUGUGCAGGAACAAGGUGAAGAGGAUGAGAGUGCUGAUGAUGCUGAUGAUGGUUAUGAUGGUUAUGAUGGUGAUGAUGAGGAUGAUGCUGAUGAUGGUGAUAAUGAUGAUGGUGGUGAUGAGGAUGACUGGACUCCUCAGGACACGAUAUUGCACGUCUUUGGCCAGAGCCAUUUGACCAUUCAACUUCCAGAGGUUUCCACUCAGUUUGUCACUGAUCUAGCUCUGGACAGCCUGAGAACACUCAUGGAACCUGUGCACGAAUAUCUGCGCAGGAACAGAACAAACAGAAACACACAGAUGAAUCCGUGCACUGUUGGACUUCCAGGAGAGGCACCAUCAACUAGCCCUACCUGCGCAGGCAGCAGCUCCGGUGUGUCAAAUCCUUCUCAAGAAGAAGACGACGAAGUGAGGCUCAUUUGCGCCAUUCGGAGCGCCCAAGCAAAUCAGCCCACGAGCCGCCCGACGUCUCCCGGGCCCUUUGACUGCAUGGUGCCCGAAUAUGGCAGGGACCACCCUCUGCUUGCCAUGAAGGCUUGGAGGGCCGAUGCAUGGGGUGCCAGCUUCGGGGCAGCAGGGGAGAACUACACACCUGGAUGGUAUCCAAUUUACCAUACUCCACCAUCUACUGGUGCCUCCAGGCCAUCAAACACGGAUUUAGCGGCGACGGCACAGACUGAACAUGCUCAGCACAGCUCCGGGCCUGAAAACACUCCCAGAGAUCCUGAUGAGGUCAGAGCUCACAGCUCCAGUGCUGCUCCUGCCGUGGGCCAGAGCGGCAGAAGCCAGAGGGAGCAAAGUAGGUCCAGGAAGAGGAGCAGAGAGGCGAACUCCCCGAGCUCCUCUCACAGCUCCGAGAGCGAGAGCAGCCCCAGCAAGAUGAGACGAGAGAAUGAACAGGAAUGA